AUGGACACGUCGUGGUGCAGUGUGCAAGCCGCUAGCGCAUUCCCCAUGAAGAUUGAGAACUCCUCCUCUCACGACCAAGUAGCCAAUACGUCUACACUUCCAUUGACCCCUCUAGAUCGCGUGUACGAUGGCUGUGUGGGCGGCGUUUUAGCCGAGAAGAGCCGCUUCCACUUGCGCAUUGCGUCCAACGGUUCAUUACACGGCGAAGUGCGGCGGAAGGCGCAGCGAGGUGCCAACUCCGACACUGUGACCAAUAGGAAGAAGAGGAAGCUGCGGGUGAUCGCCGACCAUCCGGACGGCAUUGUCAUUGCCCAUGUUAUAGGCAACGCCCAGGUUGUUGCGGUGGAGGAGGCGGUGGUGUCGUCCUCGGCGUCGACUGUCAAUUGUGACGGGAGCACAGCAGCCGCAGAGUAUUGUUGUGCAUUCGAAGUGACCAAGCGACUGAACCACGUUGAUCGACACACUUUGACGUGCCAUUUGCACGUCCCCGUAGCUCCUGACGCCCCAGCAGUAGGCAAUUGGCGGUUCUUCAGUGCUCAAGACCAAGACAGACACCAGGCGGAUCUCUCGUCAUCGGCGUCGACUGCAUCCACUAGUGAUUCGAGUUCGGUAACAGGAGAAGAGACGGCGGAGCAGAAGGUGUUCCAGUUGCAACCGGUGCAAUGGUAUCAACGCCAGCAAGAAGCGGAGCAGGCGGAGAGAGAGGCCGCGAUGUUGCAGUCGAGGCCACCGUCGCUAUUGUACCCGUUGCGGCCUGGCAAGUACGAGUUUAAAGGCUUCACGACGUACGACACGCCGUCAGUAGCUGCUGCUGUUGUGCCGAGACAGAGGAAUGGACGAAGAGGACGUCCUGUGAUGACUAUGGUGCGAGAUGAAUGUCUCGUGACGUUGCGCUUGCUGCCGGAUGGUACACUGCGCGGCACUUCUCGCGAGGUGGUGCAGCCGCAGGUUUGCCCGUUGAAAGGACGCUGGCAGGCCAACCGCGUGGCGUAUGUUUUGGAGUAUCGUGUGCGUGAAGAGGUGGGGCACUUCCGCUACUCAGGAGCUGUGGUUAUCGAAGAAGGCAGUGACAAUGCCGCGAAUGGAAGGAGAACCAAGGUCCAGCGCAAAGACAAAGCUGUUGGUAAAAGGCGAGAGACGCUCAGCGGCAAAUGGAACAAUGUGGAUGAGGGUCACGCGGAGGGAUACGAAGGCGGUCGAGGCGAGUUUGAGCUGGAGCUCGUGCGAGUAGAUUUCACGCCCAUCGCAAUUAAAAAGGAGAAGAUUGAGCCUGCUUUAGUCGACAGUGGCAGUCCUUCAGAUCCUGCUCAAGGACUGCAAGAGCAGCAAAUGACUGACCAAUAUACUGGCAGAAGUGCUGAAAACGCUAUCGAGAUUGACGACGACGACGAUGCCAUCCACGCCUUCACUACUGGUGAGUACGAGCUGUCUGGCUGUGCCACUGACGCUGAAGGCUACGAGUAUGCGUUCGACCUGAAGCUGCAGCUGCGACCUGGUGGGAAGCUCUUCGGUCAGAGCAAGGAGCGCAUAUUCCAGCAAACGAGUCCGAUCUUCGGCAUAUGGAACUCUCGAGAGAUCAAGUACCGUCAGCAGUACGUCGUGAAGCACGAGGUGGGGGUGUACACGUACACGGCUAUCAUGAGCCGUGAUGGCGCUGUGGUGCAGGGAACCUGGGUUAACGACGAGAAGGAUUCUGCGUCAGCACCAAGUGAGCACGGCACCUUUGCGCUGAUUCUGGUGCAGUCUAGAAGGCAGUGGAGCACCUUGAGCCACGCCUACUAUCCGCCACGAUUCCGCCGCAGUGUGCUUGCUAUUCUCAUGGCGUCUGCUAGAACACACAAACUCCCUAUUGAGCACUGGACCCACAUCUUCGCGUUCUGCAGCGAGUCGUGGUUCACGCCGCCGGUGAUUGAGUAAUAUAUACACGAAGCUGCAGU